UCACCAUUCGACGCGUGUUAGGCUGGUGUCUUUAUCGAAGAUACUGCCCGAGCUUGAGCUGCAGGCCGCCACGAGUUGUGCUGCAGAGUCGUCACUCAGCAACGACGCGGAUUCCACAGAAGUACCAGAAAAGACACAGGACCAGCCAGCCCUGGAGGUUGGACGCGAAACUGGCACAGGCUGAGAGUGAGGCCUCGGUGGACACCAGCCUCGGACAGGUUACCGAAAGAGUCACUGAGGAGAGAAAUGUUGCUUCUACGUGCAGGGAGGUCACUGCAGGAGGAGACAGUGCUGCUGCGAGCGUGAGAGGUGAUCGCGGGAGCGUUCCAAUAACUAUAUUAUGUUGUACUCAGUCUCUGUCUUCUAGUGCAUUAAAUUUGUUGGCGGCAUGCAAGCAGUACUGACACUGACAUAUAGUGCCGCGCCCAGCUCUCGAUAUUCACCUGCAACACUCCAUCACACCCCACGCAUUUCUCUCUGCACAAAUCUCAGAGUCAGCACCGGCUUGACGGAAGGCAUGGAUAACAACAACUGCGACUCUCCACCGCCUUUGUCACAGGGACUACACACAGCAGAGUCUGUCACUACGGUGGUGGUGUUAACAGUUGCCGCCUUAAGCCAGGUAAGCAUAGGAUCGAGUCUCGCCUUCUUUCCCGUCCUCCUCCUUCAGCUGGCCAGAAGCACCACCACUUUCCUCAACACGGAGCUGCACCUCAUCCACGACCAGACAGUUUUUCCAGACUACCUAUUCCUGGUGGGGCUGGUGAUAGUGCUGGUGCCGUGUGGGUGGAUGGUGAGCACACUGGGUCGCCGGUGUUCCCUGAUUGCUGCCACCCUCACCAGUAUCACGAGUUGGAUCGUGCACGCUCUCGCUACCGAUGCCAUGAUACUUCUUCUCGGGAGAUUCUUGGCAGGUGCUGCGGCGGGGUUCCUGAAGCUGGCAGUCACUACCUACGUCAUGGAAGUGAUGGUUGUCACCAAGCGGGGCCAAAUGUUGGUUUGCCUCGAGACAAUGAAGAUUUUCGGCGCCAUAAUGAACUACGGCUUGAAUCUCCUCCUGCCCUGGUACCACAUCGCCUUCUUCAACGGUGCAUGGAUGACAGUUUGCUUGGUCAUUUUUCCUUUCUUCCCUGAGAGUCCCGCGUUCCUGUUGAUGAAGCAGAAGGAGGAGGAGGCUCGCAAGGCACUGCAGCGGCUUCGGUCUUCUGAUAGCAUGGUGGAUGCAGAGCUGCAGAUUAUCAGAAGCUUUAACCCAGUGGAGAGAGCAAAAUGCACUUCUUUGUUCAGAAAACCUCUCAUCUCACACACGAUGACUCUUAUAGGGCUCUCACUGCUGUCCGUGUUCUCUGGCUCACCAGUCAUUAUGGUACGAGGAGCCCAUAUGUUGCUGUCCGCCGGGUUUAAGUGGAGGCUGGAGGCUGCCGUUAUUCUGGUGCUUCUCUGCUUCGUCACCGGCUGUCUGUUGCUGUUCGGCCUCGUGGAUAGGAUCAGUCGCCGCCUGUGUCUCUUGAUGUCCCUGGCGAUCCUCGUAGUGGUCAACAACGCACUGGGAAUCAUCAAUUACAUAACAUCCCACUCCACUGCAGACUCCACGCCCGACACAUCCUUGCUAACGGCUCGUAUCUGCCUCAUCCUCGUCGCCGCCGUCAUCGUCACCCUCGGCACCCACACCGUACCCACCAUCCUCGCUGCUGAGUACUUCCAUGCAUACUGUCGGCCCCAGGGCCUCGCUAUGUUCUUCACCAUCAGCGCGCUGCUACAGACGCUCAUCCUGCAUCUUCACCCGCUAAUUGAGGAAACUUUUGGCUUCCCUGGCCUCCACUGGAUCUUCGCUAUCGUGGCUUUCCUGGGCAUCUUCUACACGAACUACUGCGUGCAUGAAAUCAAGUACAAAACACAUAAGCUGUCCAACACCUGCCAAUGGUUGUACAGGGAGAAUCUUUAUGAGCCGCGCCCUCUUAUUUGAUUUCCUUUUCAUAUUCGUGUGCUGUUGGGAUGGAAGGACUUGUGACGUGAAGCAGCGUUUACUUUCAGAAAUGUGUGCUGCCUUGUUUUAAAUGGUGACUUACUAUACUUUUUCUGCAUCUCAAGUAGUGUAGUGCGCAUCACUAUAAAGUCAUGGACAAUAAAUACAACCAGUGAUUAUUUUUCCACUUAUGUAUACCGUGUAGAAUGUAUCGAUACAAUAAACGGCUUGAUAACAA